AGCGCUGCCUGGCGGCGCCACUGCGCAUGUCCGGAGCGGACAAGUACAAAGAGGCUGCUGGUUGGACCGAGCCGAGCCCAGCAGGUCCACGGGGGGACGCACAACCCGCUGUGUGUUUGUGUGAACUUUCUGCUCCAUCCAGACUACUUGGGCUCAAAUAUUCCCCACCCGAGGACGAGUAUAGUUCACGCAGGAGCUGCAGACCCAGAAGAGCUGGAAGAGUCCGCGUCGGGCUCAGUGGAGUCGGAGCGGUCCGAGAUCGAGGUCGAGGUCGUUCCUGUGCUGAAACGGUCCGUCACAAAAGCUUCUCCACAACGAUCCUGUGAGACGCUCGUGAAGAUGUUUAAGUUUGCAGGUUGCAUGCUAAUCUGGACUUGAUGCAUGGCAGCUGCAUGACUGCAGUGCGUCUAGUAGUGGGAGUGAGCGCUCGCAGCUGCAGCCAUGGCUCAGACGGUGCAUGUGAACGGCAGCGGUCCAGAGCGGGCGCAGCGAUGCCCCGGCGCGGGAGACGAUGAGUCCGUCGCCCCCUACUACGUGGAAACCCCCUACGGCUUCCAGAUAGACCUGGACUUCCUCAAAUAUGUUGACGACAUUGAGCGCGGCAACACCAUCAAGAAGCUAAGCAUCCAGAGGAAGCCCAAAGCGGCCAAACCCUCGCCGGCCGCUGGCGGCGGCGCUGGCGGAGGCGGCGUCCAGGCUGAAUGGACCUCCACGGACUCCCUGACCUCCUCCAACAGCGACGGCAAGCAGUCCCCGGUCUUCUUCGGCUCCAGGUCGCAGGGCGCCGCCCCGCUGACCCCCGCGCCCCCCAGGCCGACGUGUGACCCCCCCCUGCAUGAGCAGAGGCAGCUUCUCCCGCCUCCCUCGCCGCGCUUCCCUCCCCGCCACAACCCCCUCGUGGAGAAGACGCUGAUGGAGACGCGCCUGCGGCUGGAACAGGAGCGCCUGCUCCUGCAGCCGCACGGCGAGCCCGCCCCACCGCGGCGGCGCCUCGCCAGCUUCGGCGGCAUGGGCUCCAGCAGCUCGCUGUCGUCUUACUCGGGCUCGCUCGGCCCGAGCCAGAUCUCCCCCGGCGCCCACCAGCCCCCCACCAACGGCGAGUACGGCGCCUUCUUCCCUCCGUCCAUGGGUGGCUCCAUCCGCCACAGCCCCAUGAGCUCCGGCGUGAGCACGCCGGUGACCAACGUCAGCCCAAUGCACCUGCAGAACAUCCGGGAGCAGAUGGUGGUGGCGCUGCGGCGGCUGAAGGAGCUGGAGGGGCAGGUGAAGACCAUCCCCGUCCUGCAGGUCAAGAUCGCCGUCCUGCAGGAGGAGAAACGACAACUGGCCGCUCAGUCGAAGGGUCAAGCACCCGCCGGCUUCCGCAAGCGCUCUUUCAGCGUGGGCAGCGCCGACCAGAUGGAGAACCCGCCGGCCGCCCCCAAGCAGCCGGAGCUGCACAUCCUGGAGCCGGAGGCGCCGCAGAGCGCCCAGCGGCUAGAGGAGUUCCGGCGCCUGACGGCGGAGGUCCAGGCUUUGGAGGAGACGGCCGACGGCCGCCGCAGCGAAGCGCGGCCUCAGGCGGCGGCGCGACACAGGUCUGUCGGCGUGGUCACCGAGGAAAACAUGGACACAAGUUCUCAGAGGCAGCGAGCAGAGCGGCGUUGCCGGGACGCGGCGGUGUCGACGGAGAGGCCGGAGGUGCGGAGCGCUGCGGUGACGGUGACGGAGGCCAUGCUGGGCGUGACUAGCGAAGCCGAACGGGAGGUGGAGCUCCAGCAGCAGACCAUCGAUGCGCUGAAGGAGCAGAUCUACCGGCUGGAGGUGCAGCUCCGGGAGACCAAGCACCUGGUGGAGAUGGGGAAGCUGAAGCUGGAGCUGCAGGCCGCCGCCGGCUCCGGCAGGAAGACGGCGGACAAAGGCCUGAUGGUCCGGCCCGAGACGUACAGCGCCAGCGUGGAGGCUAAAGUCCAGACGCGCAGCCAGGGCGCCGGCGGCUCUCCGGAUCCGAGCGGCGGCGCCGCAGAGACCCGUGAGGUGGGCGUGUCCUGCCGGCCCGGUGUCCAGAGCGUCGCCACCGGGCCGGACAUGCCCAUGGACCGCUGGCUGGUGCGGAAGCGCCCUGAGGUGCGUGACAAGUGCGUGGGGAGGCGGGUGGAGACGUGCCACCGGCAGGUCGGCUCCGCGGUGGACGUGUGCGAAGCGGGAGUCAACACGGAGGCGGGAGUCAACACGGAGGCGUCCGGCGACGGCCCGAUCCUCCGCCGCGCCGAGCCCAGCACGGAGUCGCGGUCGGUCGGCUGCGGAGACUGUUCGGUGGACGUCGUCGUCGCGCCCGUCAAGACGCUGGUGUCGCGGGGGACCAACGCCGGCGUCGUCAUGGUGGACGCCGCCGUCACGGCAGCUCCGGACUCAGUCGCCCGCGAGACCAACACGGAGGUAGACUCGGCGAGCAAGUCCACGAACACGAGGCCGGCGGACGUGGCGGACGCCUUCACCCACAUGGAGCUGAGCACCUGCGACAGACACACCAACACGCCGGCCACGCAGACCCGGACGGUCGCCGCCGGGGACGGCCUCGUUAAAGACGUCACAGCAGCCAAGAUGCGCUCGGUCGCUGUGGGAACCGUGACGGAGGCGGUGCCGUUGCUCGCCGCGUCAAACUCCGCCCAGACCAAAGAGUGCGGCGUGGGGCCGGUGAGCAUCCACGACAACUUCCUGAUCGGACUAAAAACCAGGAACAUCGCGUGUGGCCCCGCCCAGCCGGCGGAGGCGGCGGAGGUGGUGGAGGCGGCGCCCGCAGCAGGCAGCGCCGAGUUGGACCACUACAUCGAGCGGGUCCAGAAGCUGCUGCAGGAGCAGCAGAUGCUGCUGGCGGACAACUACAGCGAGCUGGCGGAGGCGUUCGGACAGCCGCAGUCCCAGUUCGGCUCCAUCAACAGUCAGCUGGUCAGCACGCUGUCGUCCCUCAACUCGGUCAUGAAGCACGGAGGCGCCGAGGACGUCCUGAAGCUGCCGGCCGACCCCGGAGAGAGCGUCCAGCAGCUCCGGGCGCCGACUGCUCGGGCAGAGCGUCCUCCGACGGAGAGGACUUCAUCAAACGCACCUGUGCAGCAGCGGCAGGUCAGCGCGUCGGAGCAGAAGAGCCGCAUGGACCUACAGAUGUCCACAGCGCUACACGGACCAUCGUGUGGUCAGAACACCCUGAAGUCCAUCAUGAAGAAGAAAGAUGGUCGACCGGACUCCAACGGCACCAAGAAGAACCUGCAGUUCGUCGGCGUGAACGGCGGAUACGAAACCACGUCGAGCGACGAGUCCAGCUCGGAGGACAGCAGCUCCUCUGGGUCGGAGGAGGAGGAGGAGGAGGAGGAGCGGGAGGAAGAGGAGGAGAAGGAGCAGGAGUGCAACAAAGUGGAAGGAGAGGGCAACACGGAGGAGUUGAAAAGCGAGGGAGCGGAGGACGUGGACACGAAGGAUGAGGAGGGAAGUCCGGAGAAGCAGAACAGAGAGAGGUACGAGCUCAGCGAGAAGAUGCUGGCUGCAUGCAACGUUCUCAGAACCAACCUCGGCGACUCGAAGGCGGUGAGCAGCAAAGAUCUGAGGGCCUGUCUCAACACGGUGCAGCACGAGUGGUUCCGUGUGUCCAGCCAGAAGGCGGCGCUGGCGCCGAUGGUGGAGGAUUACCUGCUGGCCUUCCGGGCCGUCUGUCCGGCCGUGCUGCGCCACAUCGUCAACAUGGCGGACGGCAACGGCAACACGGCGCUGCACUACAGCGUGUCGCACUCCAACUUCCAGGUGGUGAAGAAGCUGCUGGACGCAGACGUGUGCAACGUGAACCAGCAGAACAAGGCGGGCUACACUCCCAUCAUGCUCGCCGCGCUGGCUGCCGUGGAGACGCCCAGGGACAUGUGCGUGGUGGAGGAGCUGUUCAGCAAAGGAGACGUGAACGCCCGGGCCAGUCAGGCCGGUCAGACGGGGCUGAUGCUGGCCGUCAGUCACGGCAGGAUGGACAUGGUCCGUGCGCUGCUGGCCCACGCCGCCGACGUCAACGUCCAGGACGACGAGGGCUCCACGGCGCUGAUGUGCGCCAGCGAACACGGCCACGUGGACAUCGUCAAGCUGCUGCUGGCCCAACCUGGCUGCGACGCCACACUCAGCGACGGCGAUGAGAGCAACGCUCUGUCCAUCGCUCUGGAGGCCGGACACAAGGACAUCGCCGUGUUGCUCUACGCACACGUCAACUUCUCCAAAGCCCAGUCGCCGGGAACGCCUCGACUCGGCAGGAAGACGUCGCCAAGUCCAACUCGGAAGAGCGUGUUUGAUUAGACGCCCCCCUCCCCCGAGCCCCAAAACGCUGCGCUGCUAUUGGUCGUCCUCCUCUCCAUCGCUGGAUGAGGGACUCUGUCCCUUUCUUUUUUUUUUUUUUUUGUCUUUUUUUUUUGUAUUUAUGUGCACGUUUGCCUCCACGUUGAGCCCAAAGUGCUUUUUGAACAUGAAUGUAACCAGCUGGUGCCUGAAGUCCCGUAAUCUUCUGGUGAAAUGUUUCCAAUAAUCAGCUGAUCUCACCAGUUUUUCUUCUUCUCUGGUUUUUGUAAGCUUCAGCAGUCACGAGUCGGUCCACGCCUGUAUGUGCUCUCUGCUCAUCCAAGAACGGACACGACCGGACCCGGAGAACAUUUAUACGAAUCCUUUAUAUAUCUAUUUAAAAAAAAGAAAACAAUCACAGUAUUUUGACUAUUAAUCCUCAGCAAUCCAUGAAGUUUAUAUAUUUAUCAGAGUCUAGUUUUUAAAGCAGCUUUGUAUUUGAUUGUAUAUAUAUGGUGGUCGUUUAGUCCAGUUACUCACCUCUUGGUCCUGGUGUCCAGUUUCUGUCUCGUGUCCUCUAGCGUUCGUCAAGGUGCUGACUUUCAUCUUCACAUGAGAAUUGAAGUGCCUGAAACUUUUGUCUUGUAACGAUGAGCCUCGAUUAAAGUCUAAAUCUACAA